AUGCCGGGCCCAGGGUGGGUGGGGCUAAUCGCUCCCACAUCCCUUUGUCAAUCUUUGCCAAUUGUCCCAUUUUCAUUUGCAGGCGGACAGCGAACGAGUUGGAUCCCACAUGCGACUGUUCGGACUGCAGAUGAGUUGGAGACGCUUAGGCAGGGCCAACGCGUGACUGUUCAUAAGACGACUUUUCAUGGCAAGAAUCGUCACUUUCGAUGCAAUCGACACAGACACAAUGAGCGUUGCAUGUUUAAAUUAUUAGCUGUGACUGAGAAUAAUGGAACAAUUAAUGUUUUUCGAUCGGGAGAACAUAACCAUCCAAUUCAGCAGAUCUCCAACUGCGUUUAUUGA